AUGCCUUCUUUGCCAGGAGAGACUUUACUCCUCAACGUGAUGCUUUUAAUGGNCUACCUGGACCAUGCCAUGUUGACCAACACAUACAAGCACCCAAACUUGUUUACUGUAGCUGUCGAAGGCAGCAAGCACGGCAAUACCGCUCCACGUCCUGCAGAUCAUUCGCAUUGGCACCUCCCAGCUUUCGGUCUUACCCAUGAACACAAGUACCUGUAUAAGAUACACACACUGGACCUUUACCUGUGGACUGCCAACGACAGCAUGAAGUUGCUGGAUCUAAUAAAGCGUAUCAUGCCCCAUCAACAACUCGACAUUACCGAGGCAACGCCACCUCCAGAGCACGACGGUAGCAUGAGCCCUGUAGUCCAGCAGCUAGAGAACAUGGCUAUUCAUACUCCUCACGCUCGCGCCCCGAGUACUGUAUCAAAUCUGUCAAGUCAGAGCCGCCAUGGUCAGACGCCGGAAGGGCAAAGAACGGUAUCUCUGCAGUCAGCUUUGGCGUCUACGCCAGCAUCAGCAGCUCAAUUGGCACCUUACAAUCCAGCGGCACCUGCAGCCCCUGAGCCAAUCGCCCAUCGAGAAAAGACACCGCCGCCUCCUGAUGCAGGCAAUGGGACGGGACUUGCUGCUGCUGCGACACACGAGCAGCCUCAUGCUUUUACCCCAGCGGGCACUCAGUACACUCAAGCGAUUCCACAACCGGCCUUCCCUGGCCCGCCGCAGCGAGCGACAAGUCUAGGCUCUUUCCCGCCUCCACCACCUCUUGCUGCGCACUCUCCACAUCCUGGUCUGCAGACUGCACAUUCAUUUGCAGGGCCUCCAAGCAGUUCACAGAGUAUUACACCUCAACAGCAGCACGCUCAGGCGCAAUAUGCAUCUUUUCCGCAACAGCAGUCUGCACACUACCCACAAUCUCCUGGCUUUCAAAUGCAUACUCCCCUGCAGUCGCCAGGUGUUCCGAACACGCCUAGUCAGCCACCUGCAUAUGGAAUACAUACACCUCUACAGUCGCCAGGGUUUGCGCCGCAGCAUACACCUCAGUCGCCAGGGCUGGCUUCAACACCUAUCGGAGGUUUCUCGAAUUACACGUAUGGACCGCAGUCGUCACAGCCAACGUUGCCGACGGAAGCAUAUGCGGUACACAGCCAAGCGUAUAGGCCUACGGAGCAGGAAGCAGCGCAUGGACAUGGACCUAAAGUGCAGCCGCAGCCGCCUAAACCUGGAGGAUUUGAGGAGAGAUUGAAGAAGACGGAGAAGGGAGUUGGAAGAUUUCUGAGAAAGUUGGAUCAGAAGAUAUGA